AGCUCGACUGCCCCUUCGAGAGCAAAGCAAUUGUAGCAAAUGUCAUCGGCUCUUGCCGCGGAGUUCUGUGUUUGGGUGGCCACUUCAAAGACGAAACCAUUGCUCUGUGGAACCCCACAACCUGGGAAAUGUUCAAAAUACCAUCCUCUACGGUUUCGGAUGACUGCCAUUUGGGUCUGGGGUUCGGGUACGAUAACAAGAGCGAUGAUUAUAAGGUGUUGAGAAUCAUCCAGCGUGUUCGCGCCGAGACUGAAGCGAGAGUGUAUAGCAUGAAGCUGAAAACGUGGAGGAAGAUCGAUCGCUUUCCUUUUCAUCUGAAAUAUGGAAUGUCCAAUGGAGUGCUGGCUUCGGGUUCUCUGCACUUCAAAUGCAGCAGCAUCGACCCCGAGGACGAAAAUGUUGUGAUUGGUGCGUUUGAUCUCGAGAUGGAGGAGUAUAGGCUGGUUCCCCAGCCGGAGUUUCCUGCUGAGAAUGGAAAUUUUCACAUGAAUGUGGAGGCAUUAGGGGGCUCCCUGUGUAUGAUGUGCUAUUAUGGAGAAUCUAAGUCUCUAGACAUAUGGGUAAAGGAGAAAUCUUGGACAAAGCUGUUAACCAUAGGAGAACCGGAUUCUGUUUGGGGUUCCUUUUUGAAGGUUUCUUAUGUUAAACCGGUGGCGUAUUCCCGGAGCGGGCGGGAGGUGUUCAUGGCGCACGACGAUAUGAUCCCGCUUUGGUAUGAUCUGGAGAAGAGAACGAUUACGUACGCGGGCUUUAACGUCAGUUAUAGAAUGGGCUUUAUGGAGCAUCAUCUCUGUUGUGCAAGUCUGGUUAAACUAGUUGCCAAUAACAGAUGCUACUAAGCUUGAAUUUGCAUUCUGUGUGUGGGGAGGAAGAUUUCUGUCUUAUGUCUUUCCAUGCUGGAAUUUCUUGAAACAAAUUCUUAGUAGGCAAAGAACAUCACUACAAAAAAAGGCAUGGUAAAAGAAAGCCUCUCUCUAGCUAAUACAAGCAGCAGGAAGCAGAAAAGGGGAAAACAUAGUUAAAGAAAGCUGAUUAAAAAAA